GUCCAGGCAUGGGGGCCAGAGUCCGACCCUGACUCAUUCCCCACAACCUCUUCUAGUGUUUAAACCCCAGGCCGGGUCAUAGAAAUCAACAACAGCUCUGCUGAGAGUCAGACCAAGCCCCCGAUUCUGAACCAGACCUUUAAGGGAGGAGUCCCCUAGAGAAAACUGUAGGACGGAGUUGUUCUACCAUCACCUCACCUCAUCAUGGAAUACAGCAAGGCCAAAGACUAUAUCUCAGCCUUGAACCCUACUUCCCUGCUCAGGUCAGUGUCCAGCAUGGGUUCUGAGUUUGGUCGUCGGGUGUUGGCUUCAGGUUCUGCACCCCAGCGUCCCUUCCGUGUCUGUGACCAUAAACGGACCACUAGAAAAGGUCUGACAGCUGCCACCCGCCAAGAACUGCUAGACAAAGCACUUGAGACCUUGCUACUGAGUGGUGUGCUAACACUGGUGCUGGAGGAGGAUGGGACAAGUGUGGAGAGUGAAGAAUUCUUCCAGAUGCUGGAGGAUGACACAAGCCUGAUGGUCCUAGAGGAGGGACAGAACUGGAGCCCUGUCAGAAGUGGGGUGCUCUCAUAUGGCCUGGGCCGGGAGAAGCCAAAGCACAGCAAGGACAUUGCCAGCAUCACGUUUGAUGUGUAUAAGCAGAACCCCCGGGACCUCUUUGGCAGCCUUAACGUCAAGGCCACAUUCUACGGGCUCUACUCCAUGAGCUGUGAUUUUCAAGCACUUGGUCCCAAGAAGGUGCUCAGAGAGCUCCUGCGGUGGACUUCCACGCUGCUGCACGGCCUGGGAAACAUGCUACUGGGUGUCGCAUCCACUCUUCGCCACGUAGUGGAAGGUGCUGAGCAGUGGCAGCGUCAACGCCGGCUCCAAGCCUACUAAGUACUCUACCCCAUCCUUAGGCUAACGAUGGAGUUAUCAUGAAACGGAGGACAUCAUCUCCUUAUUUACACCUGCUGCUAAACUGGACAUAAUCUCCACUAACGCUCAUACCUGAUAUUUUCUAUGGUUCCCAUGAAGGCCCCCUGUACCCAUCAUCCCCAGCUACAGUAGCCACCACUGACCAAGGGGCUAUAUUCUAAUUCCUUACCAACUCUUCUCCCUAUCCCUGAGCAUCCCGGACCUGAUGACGAGUCCUCCCAGUAUGUCCCCCUUUCCCAUUAAUGCCACCCUCCUCCCUCCCAGAGGAAAGAAAAAAGAAAAGAAAAAAAUUGACACAAAUCUCAUUUCCAAUAAAAAUAUAAAAAUAUUU